UUUGUGGAGUGUUGACACCUUUUUCGGUUCCCUUUCGACUCACUCAUAGACGAGACAAGCCAAAGGCAUCAUCAUCAUGUUGGCGGCUUCCCGUAUCUUGACCCGUCCCGUGGCGCGAGCGUUUGGGCAGCCGAGCGCGUAUUCUUUCACAACGUUAGGGAACGGCGGGACUUCCGAUCUCAUCAUCAAUGCCGUGGGUUCCGACCGACUCGGCAUUGUUUCGGAUAUAACCGGAAUGGUGAUUGAGCACGGUGGCAACGUGGGGGAAUCGCAGGCAGCCCGCCUCGGGUCACACUUUUCCCUCAUGAUGCUCGUCAGUGUACCGUCGGAACACCUGGAAGGCCUCCAAACCAAACUACGCAACCUGCCGGACAUGAACGCGGCCAUUUUUGAAGCACAAGCCGGGAGCAAACCCACGACUCCGGCCACCGGCUAUUCUGGAUACUUUCGAUUGGCGGGAGCCGACAACCCUGGUAUCGUACACAAGAUCACGUCCGCUUUGGUAAAGCAUGGCUUGAGUAUUGAAAAGUUGGGCACCGACAAGGAGAUUGCUCCGCACGGUGGCACGGUAUUGUUCAAAAUGACGGGCGUCGCGUCCGCGGCCGCUCCUUUGGCGAACGGGUUCGAUAUUGCCAAAAUUAAGAGCGAGCUGAUUGAGUUGGGCGAUUCCCUCAACUGCGAUGUCUCUAUGGAGGAUGUGGCCGAUGACAAGUACGAAGCUUCGUUCUAUGCGGGUUAACAGCAAUUUGGUAGGAGAACGGUCAUCGUAGCACCAAUACAAGCACGACGGGCGUAUCGCCAUUUUGAAUUUGUCUCUCAAGGCUGGAGCCUACCAUAGUCCCUUGCCCUUCUAGUCUUAGAUAUCCUUUCUCACAGUCAAGCUUUAUUCC